UAGGGAUACAUUUGGCGCCACAGACACAAAACGGAGGAAGCACUGUCACUGUAGAAGUGAGAUUGUCCUCUCCGAGUUCGCUUUAAAACGUACAUUUUCACUCUACAUAGCUAUAAACUCAGCCUCAACAUGACUAACAUGCUGACAAUGGGAGCGAUAGAGGAUCUAACCAAAGGCUCUAAUGAUUUACCAAACCCCAUUCUUCAAUUAGUGAACAUCCGUAAAAUUGAUGGAGGCAGUGGACCAGCCCGCUUUCGUCUGAUGAUGAGUGAUGGACAGCACUCAAUGUCCUCGUUCAUGCUCUCCACCCAACUGAACCCAAUGGCUGAGGACAACCGACUCGCCCCAAACUGUAUCUGUCAGCUGAAGAGGAACGUGACCAAUGUCUUAAAGGAUGGACGGCGUGUGGUGGUCAUAUUAGACAUGGAGGUGGUGAAGUCUGCUGAUGAGGUGGCUGGAAAGAUCGGAGAGCCCACGCCUUACGUGGAAGGUCAGAGUAAAGCCCCACAGUCAGCCCCCAAUCCCUCAGUCCACCCCCUGCAGUCCCAGAAUGGAAAUUAUGGCACCAUGAACAAAGGUCCCAGCAGAGAGUUUGGGGGGAAGAAGGCCAUGCCUCCGUCUGCAAUGCCCAGCACUCCUGGGGGAUCCUCCAAAGUCGUGCCCAUCGCCAGCCUCAACCCCUACCAGUCAAAGUGGACCAUCCGAGCCCGUGUCACCAACAAGAGCGGCAUCCGCACCUGGAGCAACUCUCGUGGGGACGGCAAGCUGUUCUCUAUGGAGAUUGUGGAUGAGAGUGGAGAGAUCAGAGUGACUGCCUUUACCCAGGAGGUGGACAAGUUCUACAGCAUCAUCGAGACUGGCAAGGUGUUCUACAUCUCCAAGGGAUCACUGAAGAUCGCCAACAAGCAGUACUCGUCCCUGAAGAAUGACUAUGAGAUGACCCUAAAUGGAGAGUCCACUAUCAUCCCCUGUGAGGACACCCAGGACGUUCCCAUGGUGCAGUGCAACUUCGUCUCCAUCGCUGACCUGGAGGCCCGAGAAAAGGACGCCAUUUUGGAUGUGAUUGGAGUGUGUAAGAGUGUGGCUGACGUGACCCGCCUCACCACCAAGAACAACCGUGAGGUCUCCAAGAGGACGCUCAACCUGAUGGACCAGUCUGGUAAACUGGUGGAGGUCACCCUGUGGGGAGAGGAGGCAGAGAACUUUGAUGGCUCUGGGCAGCCCAUCUUGGCCAUCAAAGGGGCCAAGCUGUCGGACUAUGGGGGAAGAUCUCUGUCUGCUUCGUUCAGCAGCACCGUCAUGGUCAACCCCGACAUCCCUGAGGCAUACAAGCUGCGGGGCUGGCAGACUACUUCAGCUGCAUUGCCACCAUAGUGUACAUCCGUAAGGAGAACUGUCUGUACCAGGCGUGCCCUAGUCAGGACUGCAGUAAGAAGGUGGUGGACCAGCAGAACGGSAUGUUCCGCUGUGAGAAGUGUGACAAAGAGUUCCCCAACUUCAAGUACCGACUCAUCCUCUCUGCCAACAUAGCAGACUACGGGGACAACCAGUGGGUGACCUGCUUCCAGGAGAGUGCUGAAGCCAUCCUGGGACAGAACGCUGCUUACCUAGGGCAACUCAAAGACUCGAAUGAAGCUGCCUUCGAGGAGAUCUUUCAGCAGGCCAACUUCCACACGUUCAUCUUCCGCAACAGAGUCAAGCUGGAGACCUACAAUGACGAGUCCCGGAUCAAGGCCACGGUGAUGGAGGUGAAACCUGUGGACCACAAGGAGUACAGCAAGAGACUCAUCAUGAACAUCAGGAAGAUGGCUGCCGCCCAAUAAGAACGAURGCUUUGCCCCCUUGGCCUACGUACAAGCUCUUUCCCCUGAUCUGCAGCACUUUCCAACCUGCCAGGCUGACUGUGAACCAGUCUUGCGUUCCGUCCCAAAUGGCACCAUAUCCUGUAUGUAGUGCACUACUUUUGACCAAAAGUCAAAAGUGCACUACAUGGGGAAUUGUGUGCCAUUUCAGAUGCAACCUAAAAGGAUCAUUCUUCUAUACUUUUUAAUUUGUUUUAUUUAGGUGUGUCCAUGUACCGAACUUUGAAUAUGUUUUUUAUGCUAAAUGUACUGGUAGUUUGUUUUUGUUUUCUUGGACCAACCAGUAAUCUUGAGAGAGUGCUGCUGGGCGAGUAUUAUAUCCCUCUGUGUUAUGGUGUUGUGUGGGGGGUGACUUCUGAAACUGCUGAUGUUUUGGGUGGUGGAUAAAAUGGAACCACAGAGGGAUUUUGGAUAAGGAGGGCUGGAGACGCAGAUGGGAGGGUCUUAACCUCAGAAAUCAUCGUUGUGUGGUCUGUUGUAAGUCGGCCGUGUGUAUUGUAUAAGUAGAGGGGMGGUAUGUGCUGUAGCUAGCUCCCUCUCUUUCACGCUGUCGCUCCCACCAUCACUAUGCCUGGCCUGGACCUGCCCAUUCUCUCUCACUCACUCACAGAGCAGGCAGACUUCUGGGAGAUGCUCUUCACUGUAUUUAUGUAGAUACAUGGUUGACCUUUUGUCAUUGUUUUCAUUAUCUCUUAUUAAGGUAAAAUAUUUUGGACAUUUUUCUUUACAUCUAUUUGGUCAGUUUAUUGCAUAAAAAUAAACCUGUUUGUGAUCAAACGCGA